AUCAUAUUCGCCAUAAAAAUUUCGAACAUCUUGUAUAUUGAAUAGACUAGAAUGAAGUUUCGGAUUACCGCGGUCUCAUACCGCGCAUUCGCGAAUAUUUUUACUCGGCUGGACAAAUGGCCUUAAAGCGUUUAACCAAGGAGCUACAGGAUUUUUCUUUAGAUCCUCCAGCUCAGUGUUCAGCUGGACCUGUUGGUGCUGAUCUAUUUACCUGGCAAGCAACUAUUAUGGGACCUGCCGACAGUCCAUAUGAAGGUGGAGUUUUCUACUUGAGUAUAUUAUUUCCUACAGACUACCCAUUCAAACCUCCUAAGAUCAACUUCAAUACAAAGAUAUAUCAUCCAAAUAUAAAUACCAAUGGCAGUAUAUGUUUAGAUAUCCUCCGAGGCCAGUGGUCUCCCGCUCUUACAAUAUCAAAAGUUCUGCUUUCAAUUUGCUCGUUACUGACAGACCCCAAUCCAGAUGAUCCUCUAUGCCCAGACGUUGCACGUCAAUACAAAGCAGACCGUAAAAAAUAUGAUGAUUUAGCCAGGGAGUGGACACAAAAGUAUGCUAUGUGA